AUGGCGACAGAUAACUUGUUCGUCCAGCCGGCAAUUCCUAAAUUUGAUGGCCAUUAUGAUCAUUGGGCAAUGCUUAUGGAAAACUUCUUGCAGUCAAAGGAGUACUGGAACUUGGUAGAGAAUGGCAUACCUAUGGUGGCAACAGGAGUGGUUCUCACAGAUACAGAGAAGAAGCACUAUGAAGAUCAAAAGUUGAAAGACUUGAAAGCUAAGAACUAUUUGUUUCAGGCAUUAGAUCGCUCAAUUCUGGAGACAAUCCUUACAAAAGAUACAUCAAAGGAUAUAUGGGACUCUAUGAAGCAAAAAUAUCAGGGAACCACUCGAGUUAAACGUGCUCAUCUUCAAGCAUUGCGAAAGGAGUUUGAAACAUUGCACAUGAAAACAGGUGAGACUGUGAAUGAAUACUUUGCUCGGGUACUUACCAUAGCUAACAAGAUGAAAGCUAAUGGAGAAGAUAAGGGAGAUGUUGCUGUUGUUGAAAAGAUUCUGAGAUCAAUGACUUCCAAGUUUGAUUACAUUGUCUGUUCUAUAGAGGAGGCUAAAGAUACAAGUACAUUGACUAUUGAUGAAUUGCAAAGGACGUGGUAG